GCAAACGGAGAAUAGACGUAGAAGCGCCGGAAACAUGUUGCCCAUCGAAGUAAUCGAUCUAACUUCGGACGUUGAGGAAGAAGAUUUGACAAACGAAAGCCCGCCGGUGGAUUUCAGUGAAUACAUAUGCCCCAUCUGCCUUUCAAAUCCUAUGGAACCGGUGACCACCUUCUGUGGGCACGUUUUCUGCAAACUGUGUAUCAUGGAUACUCUGGACUUUGGAUAUCGUGCCUGCCCCAUCUGUAAGAGCCGCUUUAAUGAAGAUGAAAUUGUGCGGCUACAAAUUUAAGACAAGUCUUUUUAGAACUGAUUAUGUUGUUCAUUUUAAAUUGCAUAAAUAAUAUUGUUUAACCGUUCA